CGCAGUGUCACGACGGGGGUGGCGAGACCGUUCCCCGUCGAAAAGGAGACCGCGGGGGGCAUUCCGGCGACCGGUGAGAGCGACGGAGAUGCGCGGCGGAGCGGCGAGGACAGGGAUGCGGCGGAGUGCGGGUGCGCGGCUGCAUGCGCCGCUGCGUCGCGACGCCGUAGUACCGCAACCCGCCACUCAGCGCCGUCUCGGCGCCACAGUCUCUCACUCCGCAUGUCCGGAGCCGGCUGGAGCCGUACGGCACCUCCUCGACGCUCGUCCACCUACUCGCCUCCUGGAGAAUGGUACUUGCGAACGCGACAUUGGCGGACAAUCACCACCGUCAUCGUACCUUCGCGGCGAACGGUAAUCCAGAAGGUAUUACGAUAUGCAAUUUAGCGGACGGCGAGACCUUGACGUACAGCUUGGCCCUCAUAAGAGGUCGAGCACCCGCGCUAUGCAGUUUUAUUACCGUUCGGGGUCACAAGAACGUUACGUCGGAGUGGCCGAUCAUCGCGGGGCAAUUCCGCGUCCUGGUGGACCUGGCACGCGGUCCGAACAAAUUGGAACUUGAGGCAGGCGGACAUAAAAGAAGACUGGUUCUUAUAUACGAGCCAAGGACCACCAGGUUGCGGGUGACGCCGGUCUACGUCAUCUGCGCGGGUCACGACGGUUACUUUCAGGGUCCACGCAAUGAAGAUCGAUCGCCCGAGAGCGCGGCGACGAGAAUAGGACUCGGCGCCAGGCUUCUCCAGACUCUAACAGCCGAGAAACUCUUAGAAGCCGGUUACGGCAGAAAAACCUUCCAACUGGAAAGAGAUCUAGACGGCCCGGAAUGCUUGGUGAUGCACAGUAUGCUACACGUGGAUCGGGCACGAGCGAUGAAGCAAAGGGAGCUCUGGGAAUUGAUCGCGCGCGAGCUAAUGACCGGUCCUUUGGCGUCCAGGGAUCGCAAGUACCUGGCGUUUCUAUCGUGUACGAGAUACCGCGGCGCACCUAGUCCUAGAACGCACGAGGACACCCUGGCGAGGACGCAAGGUCACGCGGCUCUCGGCGGAGGUGGUUUAGCGCUCUUCGGCUCGGCGUGCCUGCACACCUGGCCCACAUGUAUGCCUCAGGUAUUGCCGAGAUUCCUGGACGCCACUCUAAUCGACACGGAGCAACUCAUGGACGAUAGUAAUUACCGCGGCACUCACGGUGGCUGUCUAGCGACAACGUUAGGAUCCGUUCUACACGAACUUGGUCACACAUUCGACCUCGGUCACACUCGAGAAGGAAUAAUGGGUCGAGGAUUCGACUACGUCGAUCGGGUCUUUGUGGGCGCGGCUGGAAUCGAUUUUAAUCGCAAUCCUAUCAGAAGGGAUCCUCAACACACGACCGUCGCGCUUAGCAGACCUCUCAGCGUUACGGUAACCGUGCAGGAAUUCGUGGUGUCAAGUCCGCGAAGAGGCAGACUGCUCUCGGAAACAUCUAGACCUUCGCCGUCGCCUACUUCGAGACAAUUGUCCGGAAGACUCUCCGCGCCGGCUAGUCCUGAGCUCAACAGAUCACUUUCUAAGAGCCUGAUCGCUUCGCAAUUUUUCUCACAGCCCGAUCGAACGUUUUGGGGUCCAUCGUGCGCAGCGUUGCUCGCCCAUCACCGAUGGUUUAACAGCGAAAUGGACAAUUUUUCGAAUAAGCGAAACCAUCACGAGAUAGAGUACGAUGGGAAAAGAAACGUGGUGCGAUCACAAUAUGGAGUACGAGUGAUAGAACUUAGAGAAACCUCGGGGGGGAUGGUUGUGGGGUCUCGCCAAUUUCCCGGUUUGCGACCACCUAUGGAGGCUCUUGUUCCACCACCACCGCCCCACUGCCUCACCGCUCUUACCCUCGUUGCCGAGGACUCCACCGGGAAUGUGCUCAAACAUCCUCUUCCCACUGCCUUUUAAAGGUCAGCAGAAACAGUGAUGCGUAAUUUUACUUUCAGCGAAGGCGAAGGUCAUUACAGGUUGUAAGCAAUAUCGGCUUAAUAUACGCGCACUGUAAAUUAUUUAAAGAAAUGUUCUGUUCUCCGUUUAGAAGCUUAUUAAGUGUUUUAAUUACAUAUGUAUAGAAAUACAUAUUUUUUAUUGAUAUUCCUUACGCAUUAAUUAUAUUUGUUA